GGGUACCAUGUUGUCCGAUGAUGACCUGCCGGCAAAUGUGAACUCUCUCUAUGAAUCAAAAGAUCACUCCAUGAAAGAGGAAGAAGAAUUGCUCCUUUCUGACAAAGACGGGACUUACUAUCAUGACAAGCCUGAGGAUCGUUACAAUGCUGUUUAUAUUAUUUUCUUUGUAUUGGGAGUAGGGUCUCUGUUACCCUGGAAUUUCUUCAUCACUGCAAAACACUACUGGCUUUACAAGCUUAGGAAUAUCUCAAAUCCAGAGGAACCCGAAAGUGCUUCUGACCUUAGUCGCCUGCUGACCACUGAUCCUGUCCAAUGUAAUCCUGAUUCUUGGAUAAUAGAAGACAAAUUAACUGUCAUUCUUUGUUAUACAGGUCAGGCAAUGGGUGGGACAAUGAGUGCCAUUGCUUCUGUGGUGGACCUGGCAGCUGCAAGUGACAUCAAAACAAGUGCUCUGAUUUACUUCCUCACUGCUGACUUGUUUGUUGUUAUCUGCAUUAUCAUCUACCUACUUCUUCCCAAGUUGGAGUACUCCAGGUACUACAUUAAAAGAGCAGAAUAUAAACUACUCUCUGCCAGUCAUGGAAAUGGCAACUCCAGUGAAGAGGAGUCACACUUGCGUUCUUCUACCCAUUCUGCAGCAAGAAGAGUACCUAAAAGUCCAACAGUUCCUCCACUGCUGCCUAUCCUAUCAAAGACAUAUGUGCUAGGGUUUAGCGUUUUUUACGUAUUUUUCAUUUCUAUCAUAGUUUUUCCAUCCAUUUCCUCUAACAUCGAUUCUAUGCACAGGUAUUCAGGAAAUAUAUGGUCCAGCAAGUACUUUGCCCCACUCACAAGUUUCCUUUUAUACAACUUUGCAGACUGGUGUGGUCGACAGAUGACAGCUUGGGUUCAGGUCCCUGGUCCACAGAGCAAGUUUUUGCCUAUAUUAGUUCUCUCCAGGACUGUUUUUAUCCCUUUGUUUAUGUUGUGCAACUACCAACCACGUAAUUAUAUUAACACUGUUGUGUUUAAAAGUGAUUUAUAUCCGAUCCUUUUCACUUGUGCCCUUGGGCUGAGCAAUGGCUACCUGGGAACACUGGCCAUGAUCUAUGGACCAAAGGUGAUAGAGCAAGAACUAGCAGAGGCAACCGGAGUCGUCAUGUCUUUCUUCCUCACACUAGGUCUGGCUGUUGGGUCAGCUUUUUCAAUCUUAAUUGUCCAUUUCAUAUAACUGUCAAAGCAGUCUGUCGUUCGGGAAAAAUGGGAAAGAUAAACAGCCUGUUCUAUGUUUACAUUUCUGGUUAUCCAAGUAAUUCAUCUCUUCUUGCAAGCCAGAGCUAUUGAGUCUGGACUGUCAUGGCUGAAUAAUUCGUUUUUCAAACUUAGUAUUCUUUUUAGAUGGACUAACAGUGGCGACUUUUAGAUGGACUGAUUGUGGUCUAUGUCUAGCAUUAGUCUCCACCACAGGUGCAUUUUUUUGUCUGUACAUUGACAGUAAAUUCAUGUACUUCAUUGUACUUUUGAAUAAAUAUUUUAUGGAGGUUAUACUCGGUCUUCUGCCUCACUGUAACCAUGGACAGUUAAACUGUGCCCCAUUCUGUCUUCCUGUUUGAAACAAAAGGUCACAUGUUUGAAAGAAUAACUUUAUGGAGUGCUUUGUGGUAGAUAUAUGCAUCCAUCACUGUGCUCUCUUGAAACCUGUAAUUACAAGUAUUUGUCUACAAAGAUUGAAGCCAAAUGGGCACAGUGAAUAGUUACAUUCCUUUAAAUAGGGAUAGAAAAUAUCUGGUGAAUCUGAAUGAAUUCAAUUCUUUUCAAUGUCAGUGUUAUGAAAUGGUGUGAGAUGUUUGUCAUCUACUGUAUGCCAUACUUUCUGUAAGUACAUUCAUGCUAAGAAGUCUAGUUUGCCUUUCAUAACUUCCCAAACACAAAAACAGAGCAGAGCCAAGAGAAGAUCACCAGGUAAUUUGGUAACUUGUGCUAAGCACUUUCGUCCUUGCACUGGACUUCUUCAUAGCAUGAAUGCAUCAAGCAAUGUAACUCUUAAACAAUUGUCAUCCAUUCCAAAUUUUGACUCUGUUAUCCCAUUGAAAUUAAAUAUGUAAUACAUUGUCAAA